AUGGCGCCAGCACCAUCACGCACAACCAAGGCAGUGCAGCGUGCUCCGCCUCCGCAGGCGAGCAAGACACGACAUCGCAUCGGCAAGCCCGGUGCCGCGGUGGCGGACAGCGACAGCGACGAUGACGAGGAGACGCUCGAGAUCCCGAAGCGCGCGGCGCCCGUCAAGCUCGAAGCGGGUCUUGUUGCCGGCGGAGCAGGGCGUGUGCUCAAAUCGGAUGUAAUCAAGAUGGAUCUGUCCAAGGCCAAGCUCGACGGCGGUGUGAAGCAUGACAUCGGCGAGGAGAGCGAGAGCGAGAGCGAGGACGAAUCCGAGGAUGAGACGAAGCCGGUUUUCAGGAAACCUGGUGCUUCAGCCCCAGAACCAGAGUCUAGCGAGUACGAGACGGAGUCGGAGGAGGAGAGUGAGGAGGAGAAACCGGCAUUCCGGCCGAUGUUUGUUUCCAAAACUGCGCGCAAGACGGUGACGGCGGACAUGGCGGCCAAGGAAGCUGAGGAUGCGGAGAAGCGGGCCGAGGAGGAAAGGGAGCAGCGCAAGCUCGACUCAAGGGAGCUGGCGGGCGAGACUAUCCGCCGAGAACUGGCAGAGAAAGAGGUCUCGUCGGACCUCAUUCCAGACGUGGACGACACGGACGGCCUGGACCCAGAGGGCGAGUUCGACGCCUGGCGUGCACGCGAGCUCGCUCGCCUCCUGCGCGAGAAGGAGAAGCAGGCUGCGGAGGACGCCGAGCAGGCCGAGAUUGAGCGCCGCCGCGCAAUGCCCGAAGAUAUCCGCAUGGCCGAGGACAUGGCAUAUGCCGAGGCCUCUCGCGCCAAAGAAAAACCCCAGAUGGGCUUCCUCCAGAAAUACUACCACAAAGGUGCGUUCCACCAGGACGACGACAACGAGCUCCUCAACCGCGACUACACGGCGGCAACCGAGAGCCAGGUGGACAUGGCUUCUCUACCCAGUGUCCUACAAGUACGCGACUACGGCAAAGCCAGUCGAUCGAAAUACACCCACCUCACGGACCAGGACACGUCGUCUGGUGGGUGGGGUACGGCACACCAGGCCUUCGGGCGACCCAGCGACCAGGUCAACCAAGGCGGCACGGGGUGCUGGAACUGUGGCGGCGACCAUAUGCGUAGCGACUGUCCGGUCGCCGAGGACAUGGGUAACCCCAACGACCUUGGAAUGAUUGAUGGUGUGCGGAUCCCUGGUCUGGCGGAGAAACAGGCUGCCGAGCGCGGAUUUGGACGUGGGAGGGGACGCGGUGGUGCGCGAGGCGGUAUGGGCCGCGGUGCGGGGAGAGGCGGGAUCACGGGCGCUAAUACCGCCCCGCUGGCGACUAGUCGGGCUUGGGGCGAUGGCGGGGAGCGGAAGCGUCCGCGCGAGGAGGAAGGCGAGGGACGUCGUGAGCGGCCGCGCUAUAGUGACCGGGAGCGCGAGCGGGAGCGCGAUCGCGACCGUGGGCGGGAUCGGGACGACAGCAGGCGCGAUGGCAGGCGCGACGACAGGCGCGAUGGCAGGCGCGACGACAGGCGCGACGACAGCAGGCGUGAGCGAGAUGACCGACGGGACGACCGAGACCGCGACCGCGACCGUGGAGACAGGCGGCGCGAUGACCGUGACCGUGACCGUGAGCGCGAUCGUGAGCGCGAUAGUGGACGGCGCCGUAGCCGCAGCCCGCGACGCGACCGUGACAGGCGCUGA